ACGACAUGGGCGUCCCCACGGAGGCCGGCGGCCGGCGCUGGGGGCCCGUGCUCCUCGCGUUCUUCUUGGCUGCCUCUCGAGGUCUGGUGGCAGCCUUCAAGGUUGCCACACCGUAUUCCCGGUACGUGUGCCCUGAGGGGCAGAACGUCACCCUCACUUGCAGGCUUUUGGGCCCUGUGACCAAGGGGCACGACGUGACCUUCUACAAGACAUGGUACCGCAGCUCGAGGGGCGAGGUACAGGUCUGCUCGGAGCGUUGGCCCAUCCGCAACCUCACCUUCCAGGACCUGCACCUGCACCAUGGAGCCCACCAGACCGCCAACACCAGCCAGGACCUGGCCCACCGCCAUGGGCUGGAGUCAGGUUCGGACCACCAUGGCAACUUCUCCAUCACCAUGUACAAGCUGACGCCGCUGGACAGUGGCCUCUAUUGCUGCCUGGUGGUGGAGGUCCGGCACCACCACUCAGAGCAGAGGGUCCAUGGGGCCAUGGAGCUGCAGGUGCAGACAGGCAAAGAAGCACCAUCAAAAUGCAUCGCAUAUCCACCGUCGCCCCAGGAGAGUGAAAAUAUAACAGCCGCAGCCCUGGCUACAGGCGCCUGCAUCGUGGGCAUCCUUUGCCUCCCCCUCAUCCUGCUCCUGGUCUACAAGCAAAGGCAAGCGGCCUCCAACCGCCGUGCCCAGGAGCUAGUGCGGAUGGACAGCAACACUCAAGGAAUUGAAAACCCCGGCUUUGAGACCUCCCCACCUGCUCAGGGGAUGCCGGAGGCCAAGCCCAGGCAACCCCUGUCCUAUGUGGCACAGCGGCAGGCUUCUGAGUCGGGGCGGCAUCUGCUUUCUGAGCCCAACACACCUCUGUCUCCUCCGGGGCCUGGGGACGUCUUCUUCCCAUCCCUAGAUCCUGUCCCUGACUCCCCAAACUUUGAGACCGUCUAG